GGUACAAAAUUUACCUGUACUGAAUGGGCGGGUGACAGGCUGGAAAUUACAGAUAUGACAGUCAAGAGUGUGUUAUCAUAACAUUGGAAUUUGUGUGGCAGAUAAUUUUAGCCUUUGUAAACGUGUGUUGACAGUUUAGUUUAGUGGUAUUGAUAGACUUCUCAAAUGCAUUUGUUGGAUAUUGGUUACACACGUGCAUACACACCUUUACAAGGCUAAUUGAAAAUUCUGUGCUUUAUUGGAAAAGAAAAUCUGAUCAAUUCUUUGUGCGGGGAAUUGUUUUUGUUCCAUUGUUGGGAUGUUGUGGUGAAUUUUCUGUCUGGAUUUAACUUUAAAGAUAUAAUUGUGUUUAAAAACGUGGAGUGAAAUAGAAGUUGAUGGGUAGGAAUAAGAGUUAAGAUACAUCAUAUAACAUUACAAGUGGAAUAAUGAUGUAACCAUGUUUCCUGGAUGGAAGUGUUUGUGGCAGUAACUUCAUGGAUAAAAAGUGCAGCGGUUUGAAUCACAAGAGUCAGAAAUCACAGUCUAAUCUUCCUGACCCUGGCACAGCGAAAAUGUGCUCACCACAUACCUGUUAUGUGUGGGAGUGUAGGGCAGAAGAAUUAGGGUCAAAAGACAUGAGUGAAUGUCCCUCAUGUACAAUGCAGCACUCAGUGGACUGUGAACACUCUGAACGGAGUACAGAUCGGAGUACAGAUCGAUCUUCACACAUGGUUAAUCCUUUAUGGAGCAAACAUUUUUACAGAUCAUACGCACCUGUUUUUAUGAUUAUCAUUAUAUAUGGAUUAUUGCAUACAGCUGUCGCACAGAAUACAACAGAAGCAGUGACAACAACCUACUGUUUUACAAUACCGUGCCAGAACGGGGGUACCUGCAUAGAAGGGACCUCGAACUACACCUGCAUGUGUCCGCACCUGUACAAUGGCACAGAUUGCGAGAUGGAUCUCAGCGUGUAUGGGUGUGCUGUGAAUCCUUGCUUGAAUAACGGGACAUGUAGUGUGACCAACACUACUUCUGGAAAGCCGUACCGAUGUGAUUGUAUAGCAGGUACAAAGGGCACUAACUGUGAGCAGCUAGUGAAUGAGUGUGGGUCCAGUCCUUGUGCCAAUGACGUGCCCUGCAUUGACUUGAUUGGCAACUUCACGUGCAAUUGUACUGGAUCAGGUUUUACGGGCCGACUGUGUGACGAGGACAUUGAUGAGUGUGACACUACCCAGGGGGUCUGCGGGACAGGCACCUGCCACAACAAUCAGGGGUCCUUCACAUGCCAGUGCCCAACGGGGCAGUUUGGACCUAAAUGUGAGGAUAUCAAUGAAUGUUCAUCCAACCCGUGUAAGAAUGGUGCCACCUGCCAGAACCUCAACUCCACGUACAAGUGUGUGUGUCCCACAGGCUUCAUGGGUACCACAUGUAGCGAGCUGGAUAGCUGCGUUAAUGUCACAUGCCCUGGCCAGUACUCGAGGUGUGUGCCCACUCUGAACAACUACACUUGUCAGUGUGCUAACGGAACCAAUGGAUCAUACCCCAACUGUACGGACAUCAAUGAAUGUGUGUCUAACCCAUGUCUGAAUGGUGGCACAUGUAACAAUAACUUGAACAGCUUCAAUUGCACGUGUGCUGCGGGUUAUACAGGCAGCACGUGCCAGAUAGACUUCAACGAGUGUUAUAGCUCGCCGUGCAGAAAUGGGGCAAAAUGUCUAGAUCAGGUGAACGGCUACAUUUGUCUGUGCGUAACUGGUUUCGACGGUACAUUCUGUGAGCAAAACAUUGACGACUGUAAGCUGGGAACCACGCCAAAAUGUGUAAACAAUGGAACAUGCCUUGAUGGGAUCAACAACUACACGUGCCGCUGUACACAAUUCUUUACGGGCGCAAACUGUUCCCAGGACGUGGACGAGUGUUUAUUAGCCGUGCCGAUAUGUAAAAAUGGUGGGACGUGCUUCAACUCUCAAGGCAAUUACCAGUGUGCAUGCAUCGGGGACGGAGCAGGGACAUACUUUACUGGAAAGAACUGUGAGAUUAAGGUCAGCCAUUGUAACUUCCUAGAGGAUCCUCCCGCCUGUAAAAAUGGAGGAAGGUGCAGUGCAGAUGAAAACAAAUAUUACUGCGAAUGUGCUUAUGGUUUUAAAGGCAACCGGUGUGAGGAGAUCAACUACUGUGAGCCGAGUCCCUGCCAGUACAACAGUACCUGCACGGACGGCACGGGCGACUACACCUGCACCUGUAUCCCAGGUACAAUGGGCAGAAACUGCAGCAUUAACAUCGACGAGUGUGCAUCAAGUCCUUGUGGGGCUGGACAGUGUAUCGACUAUAUUAACAGGUUUGACUGUAACUGCACAGACUCUGGUUUCAAUGGUACAUUCUGUCAGAACAACAUUGACGACUGUGUCCUGAAUGAUCAUCCCUGUCGUAACGGAGCAACAUGUGUGGAUGGAAUAAAGAACUACACCUGCCAGUGUCACCCUGGUUACGAAGGCCGGAACUGUGAGGUGGACUUAAACGAGUGUGCCGCCACGCCGUGCUAUUUUAACUCGCCAUGCUACCAGAAAUCUAACCAGUCCCUGUACGGCCUCAAUUUCACAGGGUUUGGCGCCAAUUUUUCGUAUGCGUCUGCUGCUGGCUUCGUCUGCCACUGUGUGCCCGGGUCUAGAGGCUUGGACUGUUCAGAAAACAUCAAUGACUGCAUGCCAGCUGAUCUGUGUCGAAAUGGUACUUGUCAAGAUGAAUUAAACAAUUACACAUGCAACUGUUUCCGGGGUUACGAGGGGUUUAAUUGCGAGACAGAAAUAAAUGAGUGCGCUCGUUAUAAACCAUGCCAAUAUGGGUCAACUUGUGUAGACAAAAUCGGAGAUUACAAUUGCAAUUGUGCUGCUAAGUAUAUGGAUAAGGUUUACGCUGGCAAGAAUUGCAGUGUGGAGUUGACGUCGUGUUAUAACAACCUCUGCUAUUCAAAUUCAACCUGUGUGCCUCGCUUGGUGAAUGAGACAGCAAACUUGCAGGACUUCACAUGUAUUUGUCCAGUGGGGAUGACUGGCAGGUACUGCAACAUUACGACCGUUAUGUCCCUUGAUACUGGGUCAUACAUAACAAUGGUGAUUAAUAAAACAUCUCAGAUAAAGCUUCAGUUUCGUACCACACUGCAGAAUGCACUGCUGAUCGCUGUAAAAUCGCAAGACACUUCAGGAUACUGGGCAAAGCUGGAGCUUAAGAUGGGCGCAAUAGUUCUCACCUACGCCACAAAUGUGAACACGAUGAAUAACGUUUCUAUUGACGAUGUAUUCAACAACGCUCAAUGGCAAUCUGUUGACAUUGCUUUCUCUGAAAACGGCAGUAUUAAACUGGUUGCAAUUGGCGGGAAAUUCUGUGUGACACCAUCCUGUACUCGCCAGCCAAACGCCAGGGGGCUGAACUCUCUCUCAUAUGCAUUUGUUGGAGGUUCACCGAGCCAGACUAUAGACUUUGUGCCAUUUGUGGGUUGCAUGCAGGAUAUCAUGAUUGUGGAAACUGGCACAAAGCUGGCUGUUGGACUUCCUUCCACAGAUCGAAACUUGAGCAAUGUCGUUGAGGGGUGUACCAGAAGACAGCAGUGUUUUGCAAACACAUGUAACAUGCAUGGAGUCUGUAACGACCUCUGGAAUCGGUUUAGAUGCAAUUGCAGAAGGCCUUAUCUUGGAACUGUCUGCAAUGAUAGCUAUAUUGCUGCCACAUACAGGAAAGGAGACACAAUGGAUAGCUCUGCAUCCUUCUCACUGUCUAAUGACAUUCAAAAUGAUCUGAAAAACGUUUUCGAUAUUUCGUUCUUAGUGCGCACUCGUGAGACUUUAGGAUUAAUUCUUUUCUUCGGCAAUUAUAUGGGCAACAAUUCGGAUACAUAUGUCACCUUAGAGAUCAACAAUGGGUACUUAGCAACGCAAAUACGUAUGUGCAACUUGUCAGACUACAUUCAGUCUAUGGAAAACAGAUAUGCAGAUGGUGAACAGCAUUUGGUGCAACUUCUGAAAAAUACCAACAGUUUCAGUUUGUACAUUAAUAAUGCCCAUCAGAAUAUGGUGAUGACAGUGAACCCCUGCAAUUUUAGUGGCAAUAAUGUAUUCUUUGGUGGAAAACGUCCACCUCCAAAUCAGUUAAUGGGCCGCAGAAGACGUCAAACUGCCAACAUUCCAGAUUUAUUCUCCCUUCCCACGUUUAAAGGCACUAUACAAGAUGUGCAGAUAGGCAAUUAUUCUCUACAGUUUUAUCCGUUGGAUGAUCCAACCCUGAGUCCCCUGCGUGCAAUCAACAUGACGGAAAGUGUGGGGCUUCAACAAGGGGAAGUAACCGACGAUGUGUGUAACAUGACCUCUCCCUGUCAGAACAAUGCAACCUGUGAUAAUGUGUUCUUCAACGACUUCAGUUGUAAGUGUCGCUAUGGUUACCGAGGCAAGAACUGCUCUGAGCUGGACUACUGUGUGACUGGAACGUGUCCAGUGGGCUCGUAUUGUAACAGCCUGGAUGACGGAUUUGAAUGUAUCAGCACAGCUUUCUUCCAAGGACAAGGUAGUGUGGCUACCUACAACACCCUGAACCUAUCCACAAUUGUCACCUCUAUUUCCUUCAAGUUCCGUACCUCUGCUAGAAACGGAAUCAUAUUCCACUUAGCCAGACCAAAUGGAAAUAGUUUCAAAGCCUAUCUUAUUGGGUCAAAGUUUGCUGUCGACUACAUUAUAGACUCUAACAGUCACCAAAAUAUUAAAUCAGACAUAUCAGUGAGUGACGCAGUCUGGUAUAAAUCGUUUGUUCAAGAGGAUAAUAAUACCCUGAACUUGCUUAUAAACAACGAAAAUGGCGAUGUGAUUGUUAAUAUAACAACAAGUCGUCCAUCGUCAGGGACAACUUUGGACUCAUUGGUUCAUAGUUUAGGGUCAGGCGCUACUCUAAAACUUGGGGCAAACUCGUACCAGGGAUGUUUGAAGGAAGUUCGUCUGCAGGGUAUUCUCCUCCCAUUCUUCUUUGAUGCCCAAUUUGUGAAUAACACCAGUGUUGAAAAGUUCCUCUUACAACAAAAGACUCAAAUAAUAGAUGGCUGCGGUCUACAAAAUGCGUGUUCACAGAGCAGAUGCGCUCACUCCAGCUCGUGUGUACCAGACUAUUACUCGUACAAGUGUAAUUGUUCUGCCGGUUACAUGGGGGACUGGUGUCAGGAUAGGGUGGACUACUGUACGGGCUUACAGUGCGUGCACGGUAGAUGUGUAAACUCCCUUGAGAGAGGCUACUGCAGUUGCUACCAUGGAUACACUGGGGAUAGGUGCGAGACGAACAUCAACGAAUGUGCUAACCUCACGCUGUGUGACCCAGGAUCCUGUAUGGACCUCAACGGAACUUUUGAGUGCAACUGUACAGGGACAGGAUUCAUCGGAGACUUCUGCAACAUUAAAGAGUCAGCAUGUAGUGCAGGGACUGUUACAUGCAUGUAUGGGUCGUGUAGUAACGCAACAGGGAUUCCAGUUUGCAAUUGUUUGCCUGGCUACGACGGCAUUACAUGUAACAAUCCCAUCAACUACUGCAUAAAUCUCCCUUGUGACAAUAAUGGCACAUGUACGUCGGAUACAGCCCAUCAGAAAUAUGCAUGUGACUGCACAGGCACUGGUUUUAAGGGGAUGAAUUGCAGUGAGAAUGAAGACAACUGCCAGACAAACUUCUGUGCCAAUGGUGGGCAAUGUGUGGACGGAAUCAACAGCUACGCUUGCAACUGCACACCUUCCAUAUAUUAUGAUGGGGCACAAUGCACACAAAAUAUCGAUGAGUGUGUGAGACUACAACCGUGUGAGAAUGGAGGCAAUUGUACGGACAGAACUCCAGGGUUCAAUUGCGGGUGUGCAGGCACUGGCUAUACUGGUAUCUAUUGUCAUGAGGACAUUGAUGAAUGCAGUGUAGAAAACAGACCGACCUACUGUAAGAACAAUGGAACCUGCGAGAAUUUUAACGGCACAUACAACUGCUCUUGCACAGAGGGAUACACCGGCAAGGACUGCGGCACACCGAGCUGCAGUGCUCUCAACCCGCCAUGCCAAAAUGGUGGAACAUGCCAAAUUACACCAGACAAUCUACAGUGGAAGUGCAGCUGUUUGGAAUUCUAUGGCGGAGUGAAGUGUGAGAUCAAGGGACCGUGCGUGGACCAGCCCUGUCUUCACGCCACCCACUGCACCCAGGACCUCACUGUAUCACCAUCAUACACCUAUCAGUGUCACUGUAAACCAGGUUGGCAGGGUGUCAACUGUUCCGAGGACAUAGACGAGUGUACCGUGGGCACGCCGUGUCAGAACGGAGCAACGUGCCAGAACAACCCAGGCUCUUAUAGGUGUGAGUGCGCCACUGGGUACACGGGGGAUACAUGCGCAGUGGAUAUAAACGAAUGCGCCUCUAACCCCUGCCUCAACAAAGGGUACUGCUCAAACCAGAUUGGACUUUACGUCUGCAAUUGUACUGGAACAGGUUAUAACGGCAGCCAGUGUGAGAUAGACAUAGACGAAUGUAAGGAGACGCCGUGCUACAACGCAGGCACCUGCACCAACACCAACGGCAGUUUCACCUGCGCGUGUGCUGAGGGAUGGUCUGGACAGACAUGUCAGGCAAAGAGUGAGGCAGUGAUGUCAGACAACAUAACGUGGUACAUAGUUGGGCCGUGUAUAGCAGUUUUUGUCAUUCUAGUUGUCAUAGGAGUGGUGGUCUUCCUAAUGUGUGUACGCAACAAGCGAGCGACCCACGGGGUGUAUAGCCCCGCCCGGCAGGAGAUCACAGGCUCACGGGUGGAACUGGGUCAUGUGAUGAAGAAACCCCCCCUGGAACGACUCAUUUAGGGCCCCUCCUGUGGCCAGCCAUACAGCUGCAGUGUGAUAGUGUGAAGUCUCCGUUGGAUGAAGACGAUGGGAUAAAGAACUGCUGUCAUGAAUAUCAUGUGAAAAAGCUUAUAUGAAAGCUAAAGCAGAAUUUAUUUGCUUUUGUCCCUUUGUUGAAGGUUAACCUCCACCAUGAUGGAUGAACGUUUCAGCAGACUAUUAAGUCUUUCACCUAGGAGGUGUAUUAUGGGUUGUGGAAUUGUGGAAUACAGUUAUACGUAAUCACGGACCUGUCCACCAAAUUGCAUUUUGUGCUAUUUUCCUUUUUGUACUGUGCAGAUAUAAAAGUAUUAUGUUACUGUGUAACCGCUUACUUUCCUGUUGUUUCCAUUUGGGUUCCUUUAAGAGGAUGAAAUAUUCAAAACAUGUGCCAUGUUCAAAAUUCUUUCGUUUGUGGUCAGCAGACAAUAAUCAUCUCAGCUCUUUUUGUGAUAUCAAUAAACAUGUUCUUAGCAUUUAACUCUAUAAAAUUGUAUUCAGAUAAUUAUAAAUAGUGUAUCAGUUUAUUUUCAUUAAUUUUGUUGUACUUAAUAUAUAUGAAAAACAUGUUUAUUAAACAAAGGACAAGAUAAACUUUUAUGAGUGAUAGACAUACAUGAUAUGCCUGUUUAGAGAUAUGCCAUCAAAGUGUGGGAUUGGAAACUCAAUAUUUGAUACUUAGAAUGUUUUGAUAAUUCAAUGAUGUCAUAUCAUAAGAUUAUACCUACUCAUCUAUAUUAUGCAGCCAAAGUAUUGAAAACCAGUUACUAGUAUAUUUAAUAUUUAUAUGUGUUAAGUGUGAUGUUUAUAAAGUUUUUGUAUACAUAAUUGUAUUUAUAGAUCCUUACUUCCUAUCAAACCUUGCUUGAUUUAUUUUGUAAUUGGUGAUCAAAAUAAAAGUUUUAUAAAGACUAAACAAUUAUUGUAAAUAUUGGGAAUAAUAUUAUGAAAGAGAGCACCAAAAUACUGGGAAAAUAAUAAUAUGAGCCCGGCUGUUGGAAAAAUUGUCUUAAUUCAUGAGCGGAUUUCACAGGCUAUUCUGAGACGACACUUUAUGCACAUGAAUGAAGCAUUCCUUUGCCAUAGACUCAAUGAUAUACUUCAUUCUGUGUAAUAUUAUAACUAUAAGGCAGGGUAGUGUGAUUUUGCUUUGACAAAAAAACUUUGAGAUUUGAAGUGUUAAGCUAUAAUUAUUUGCUAAGCAACUUCAUUUAAUUUGUAGGAUAUUUGUUUUCAUUUCGAGCUAACAUAAAAACAUUGAAAUUCUUGAGAAUAGUUUUGAAGAAAUAAUUUAAUCAUACAAGCAAAGUCAAGUGUCUUUUUUGUAUGAGGCAAAUUUGUUAACAUUGAAAUCUAAAUUUAUCCCGUAUUCAAAUAUUUAUUUUCGUCUGUGUAAAUAUUCAUAUAUUGAAACAUUGGGCGUUGUUUCAAUUACAGUCUUAUGUAAGGAAGUCAUAUUGACAAAAUCUCAUUAUCUUUGCCUGUGUAAAUUGUAUCAUUCUUUAAGCACAGGAUUUGUAUAAUGUACCGAUAUUGUAUAAUCAAAUUGUAUGUUUGAUAUUACUUAUAGUCUGCAGGAUUUUGUUGAUACAUUAUUUUAAAUCUUAUCCAAAGUGUUGCAAAUUUUAUCAUCAUUUUGUUAAGAAUUUUGUUUUAAUAUUUUACCUAUGUAAAGCCUUGUCUGGUUUAUUAAAUCACGUUUUAAAGGACUGAAAUUCAGACUUAGUUGUUAUAAACUGAAAAGUAAGACCCUAUUUUCGAAUAAUGAAAUGUUGCAGUUGGAAUGUAUGAAAUUAAAAAUGCUUUGAUUUAGGAUUUGGUCAUGUAACUUAAAACAUUUUGACAACCUUGAAGAAUGUAUCAUUGAUAUGUUCAAAAGCUCUGUUUUACAAACACACAUUUCACUUUUUAAUUAUUCGAAAUUUAAGUCAAAAAUAGGAGAGGAAUCUGUAUAAAUAUAGACUUGGGGGAAGAUACCAUUAAAAGAUUCAUAUAAAGUAUUUUUCUAAGAUUCAAGUAUUGUUUUAUCUUGCCAGUAUGUAUUAUUUCACAAGUCUGUAUAUCAGUGAACAUUUUAGUUAGUAAAAUCCGUGUAUGGAUCCAUUUACAGCUUUAGCCAACUCUGAAAUAUAUCCAUUAAUGUUGUUUGAUGAACAUGGAUAUCUGAAUAAUAAAAUGAGACAGAUCUGGAAAAACAGGGCUUAAUGUAUGAGGGUAAUUUUUGUCAUCCCUGGUUAGGUGGUGCAGUUUGCCCAGGCUAAACAGGGACCACACUAUCCAUAUUUAUAGAUUGUUCAUUUUGAAGGAAGCUUGUUCAAAAUAAACAUCCAGUCUAGGCUGAAAGUGUUGUUCCUUAUUAGCCAGGCUCAUCUGGGACAACAUUUAAUUCACAUGCAUAAAGCCCAUUUAAUUCACAUGCAUAAAGCCCAUUUAAUUCACAUGCAUAAAGCCCAUUUAAUUCACAUGCAUAAAGCCCAUUUAAUUCACAUGCAUAAAGCCCAUUUAAUUCACAUGCAUAAAGCCCAUUUAAUUCACAUGCAUAAAGCCCAUUUAAUUCACAUGCAUAAAGCCCAUUUAAUUUACAUGCAUAAAGCCCAUUUAAUUCACAUGCAUAAAGCCCAUUUAAUUCACAUGCAUAAAGCCCAUUUAAUUCACAUGCAUAAAUCCCAUUUAAUUCACAUGCAUAAAGCCCAGUUUUCCAAGACCGAGGAUCAUAUAACUAUUGUGCUACUAGUAUUUAGUUACAGUUUUCACAUUUGUGUCAAUAAUUAUUUCCAAUCAUUGCGAUUAUUUUGCAAAUAUUUGAAUGUGUUUUUUUCUCAUUUAUCUGUCUAUGUUAUACUACAGCACAUGAUAACAAACGGUUGAUUCUAUUCAUACAUUCACAAAAAUAUUAAUUUCAAUAGUUUGAAACAUAUCAGAUAGUAUUCUAACAUAUCAGAUAGUAUUGUAACAUUCCAUAGUUUUUUGCUGUCAAGCAUUUUUUGCUGUAUGCAUGCAUUUUAUGCAAUUAAUAAUUCUGUUUAUUGUAAAUUUAUCAGAUGUUCAAUUUUUGCGAGUUAAAAAAAGUUAAUCUAAUGCACAGGCUAAUCUGGGACGACACUUUAUGCACAUGCACUAAGCCCCAUUUUUCCAAAGCAAUUGUGUGUAACUGAAGUCACUCGCACUAACUAUUAAUUACGUCAACACAAUUAUGUGUUCAAAUUGUUUGUAACAGAGAAUGUCUUUAAUUCAUGAUUAAUGAUGACUUCCGUAAUAUUGACGUAUAUUUCUUCACAGUUGGAAUAAAAUGGUAUGUAGCUAAAAUAUUUUACAUAUUAAUUUUUUUAAUGAUGUUGUUUAUUUUAAAAUAUGUGUACAUUUUAUGUUCCUGUAUCAUUAUUUUGUUGUGAUAUAUUGAAGGCCUAACUACGCCUGCUUUGGAAUACAUAGCUUAUAUAUAUAAAUAUAUAUUUUAUCAUAACAUAUCAUGAACUUUAUAUGUAUAUAUUUUACAUGAACUGAAUUUAGUCUGUAUGUAUUCACAUUUAUAUAUAACUCAUACAAGCUGUGUAGUUGUUUGUAGAUCAUGGUUUCAUAUAUAUCAUUAUAAGUCAUUCCCACAUAUUUUGAUAAUGUUAUAUAUUAAGUCUGAAGAAAAAAGAACAUGAACUUAAA